GUGGCUAGAAGUUCAUAUUCCAUUUUAUUUUCAACGUGCAAUUUCGCCUGGCAGUUCCAGAUAAAAUUCCACUGCACUUCAAUCAUGGACUCCACUCGUUUUGUUAUAAUUAUCUCCAUAAUUUUAAUGUUAAUAUCAGUUUCUACUUGCCUGCAGGAUGAAUCAUCAUUACAAGAAUUAACAGGAGAUCGAGAGGCUGAUUCAUUGAAAAAUGGUUGCGUGUGCAUUAAGAAUAAUUGCGGAUGCUGCGAAAGAAUGGUUUUGGAAAGAUUCGAUAUCAAUGCAACAGUUUGUGGAAAUGUCUCCUAUUUGUCCAAUGAUUAUGGAAUUUCUGUAACGAUUACUUGGAAUGAUUAUGUUGUCUACAACGAGACAGUAUCGGUUCGAAAUCCUCCACCCAUAUGCGUGGGAAUUCCAGAAUUAGAGAAGUUGUCUGCUGACGUCUGCCUGCAAUUAUAUGAUCUGUCCUUUACGAAGAAGCUUUAUCACGGUUGUGCGAAAAUUGCAGUCGAGAUUUAUCACGUAAUUCACAAAUCUGUGAAUGUCGGGUGCUUCGACAUUCCCCUGCAUCCGCCGAAAAUUGAGAAUUUUUUCCGAUGGAAUCAUGUGAUCGAUCGAGAGGAAUACAAAUACAAGGAAAAGAUUCCCUCAGUCAUCAUGAUCUGAUCAUCACUCAUUACUAAUUCCAAGAUUCAUUCAUUUUCAACUGUUAGUCAUCAAUUUUUCCAAGUGCUCAGUGAAUAACUCGGAAUUUACGGCCGAUAUCAAAAUUUCUGUCAAAACCUUUUUUGCAGAACUAAUUAAGCCCUACAAAAAAGGUUAUUACAAAAUUUCCUUUAUCUCUAUUAAAUCCCGAGAUAUUGAUCGAUAAUCAUGAAUUCACGGGGAGUUACUCACAUCGAUUCUGGCUGUUGAUCAGUUUUCCGUGGAAAUCUCGGAAUUUAGGGCGGAUACCGAAAAUUUUCGUGGAGCCUUUUUUGUAAAGCUGAUUAAGACCUAGAGAAAAGGUCGUUACAAAAUUUUCGAUAGCUCGCUUGGAUGCCGAGAUAUUUAGGAAAUUUCAAAGGAGUGCUGUCGAAUUCAGUAAUUUUAAUGUUUAGAUAGCGAAUUAAUGAGUUCAUAUUUUGUGUUGAUGAUUUUAUAAUAAAUGCUUUGUUACUGUC